UCACAAAUUAUGGAAGACAUGGAGGAAGGAGCCAGUGUUUCCAGGCCACCCUUGUUGCGUGGUCACAACUAAAAUUUCUGGAAAGGGCGUAUGAGGGCAUUCUUGAAAUCACAAGGAGGAGGAGUAUGGAGAACUGUUGAAACUGGCUGGACAGAACCAGUUAAAUAUUCAGAAGACCUGACUACGUCAACCAUCAAGAAAUUUGAAGACUAUAGCAGAACUGAAGUCAUUGCCGCUGAGAAUAAUGACAAAGCCCUAAAUGCUAUUUUUGGAGCAGUUGAUGCAACACAAUACCGCCUCAUAUCAAAUUGCAUUAGUGCUAAGGAGGCGUGGGAAAUUCUUGAAGUCACACAUGAAGAGUCAGACGAUCUAAUUGAGCAACACAUGGAUCUUCAGGAAAAAUGGACUGAACUGCUUAUGGUUAACAGAAGAAAUAUAGCAGAAAAGAAUCAGCUGAAACUUGAUUUAAAAGUUCUGAAGAAAAAUCUAGAAAAAGCUGAAACAGAUAAUGCAGAUCUAAAGUUUGAACUGCAAAAGCUCAAAGACUACAUCAAGUGGAUGAAGAUAACAGGAGCUGAAGUACUAGAUGCACAGGAAUUAAUGGUCAAAGCACCAGGAGACAGAAAAGGAAUUGGAUGUGAUAGCAACACCAAAACAAAUAAUCCACCCAGAGAAGACAGUAUGAAGAUAGAUAAGAACGUCAGAAGCAACCAUCACCCAGCACAUCGAUCAGAACAGGAAGAGGCAGGUCCUGAAGAACAAACAAACAAUGAGGAGGAUCAAACUACAGGAUCAGAGGAGUCAGCAGGAACACCAGAGGGGUCAACAGAGGGAGGAGACACAGAAAGGAGAAACAACACUGGACCUACCCGGUGGUCUCUAAGACGAGCCAGAUCCCUUCAUCACACAGAGAAUCCGCCAGAAGAGAAAACGGAAGUUCAAGAGUCAAAGAAAAAGAAGAAGAAGAAGAAGCCUCAAUCUGAGUCCAAGAAGAGAAAAGAGAGUGAGGCUUGUUCUUCACCAAAACCUCCGGUCAAGAGAACAAAACCCUCACCAGAUGCUCCAUCCUCAUCUAGACAAGGACGGGAGACCAGAAGUUCAAAGAGUUCACAACCAAGCUGCACUCCAGGGAAGCAAUCUGUCAAACUUUUUCCCUCUAUUCUUGCAAAAUCUUAUUUUUAUGAUGUUGUGAAAAAGUCCAUUAUACCUCAAAGGAAUGAAGAAGAAGAGAUCAUCCCUCCCUUGCUGCAAGUUGAUGCACGACAUCUUGAAGGAAGCCACUUCAAUGACAUGGCUGCAGCUGCAGCACCACAAAAUCCAGCCUCAGUAGAUUACCAGCUCAGUUUUCUUGAAAAGGAGAUCAAAUCCCUUCAAAUGGAUGCAGAUUAUCAUAAUGAAAUUGCUCAAAGGUCAACAGAAAGGAUGAAUGUGCUCAUUCAGAUUGCACACACCCUAAGACAAACAAGGAGUGCACAGAUUACUCAGGAUUUAUCUCAAGCACUGCAAAGACGUGAACAGGAUCUCUUAAAUGCAUUGAAACUUGUUCAAGUUGUGAAAUGGCGUUUUCAAAGCAUGAGAACAGAUGAUAUGUGGAACAAAAUCAGCAAUGAAGUCAUGGAGUUUUGUUAUAAAAAUAAUAUAUUUGUGCCUAACAUGAAUGAUCGUUAUGUGAAGCAAAAUAAGCGUGCACGGAAUGCUCCAGUUGUUACAAUUUUGCAUCAUUACAAGUUUGAUUGCUUGUUUGAGAUAAUUGAUAGAUUUGUCGAGGAGCUUGGGAGCAGAAUGGCUGAUUUUUAUCCAAGGGAGUUUUCAGAAGUUGACAUCAAGAUUUUAGAAAACCAGCUUGAGAAUUACAUUUUGGAUGUCCGGACUGAUAGUAGAUUCGCUGCUUUGAAUGGGCUUGUUGAUUUGUCUAUGAAAAUGGGUUCUACAAAGAAGGAUAUGACAUAUCAACAUGUUUACACACUCAUAAGGUUAGCUUUGCUUCUACCGGUAGCAACUGCUAGUGUUGAGCGUGCUUUUUCAGCCAUGAAGUUUGUGAAGAAUGAGCUUCGAAACAAAAUUUGUGACCAAUGGUUAAAUGAUUGUCUAGUGACAUAUAUUGAAAGAAAUGUCUUUGCUACUAUUAGCAAUGAUAAAAUAAUAAAUCACUUUCAAAAUAUGAAAACUAGACGUUAUCAUUUACCCGAGAACAAGGUGAAGAAGGGAGAAAGAAGAAGGGAAGGCCGCAGCCGCUGGGGCGACGUGCGUACUGGGAAGAAGGGAAAAGGGGAGAAUUAGGCAUAUAAUUAUAUUCCGAGGUAAUCCAGGGAAUGAGGAACUUAGAGCCAAUCUCAGGGGGCGAUGAGGACGAGGAGAUGUGCGUGGUGGUGCUUGAUGAUUUUGAAUUACUGGUUAUCAUUUAAAUAACUUAUUACUUUAAUU